AUGGAAGCUGUAGACGAAUCUGCUACAUCAGUUGAAGACAGCGAACUUGCCAUACCCGUCGGACCAAACUCACGUCGAAAGCAUCAUCGAGAUAUCACUACCGACUUGGAUUAUCGGUGUGGUGAAAAAUACGGGAGAUGUCCUAGUGGCACUUGUUGUUCUAGUGCAGACUGCAGGAUUGAUUUCGGUAAUUGCGAUGCCCAUAAAACGCCCAAAGGCCCUCCGACCAGAGAAAUCAUGCGACCUCAUAACGGUGCUGUUCCUUAUGGCCCCCAACAGAUUCGUUCCUGUGCAGUUCCCGGAACAGUCGCGUUGACAUUUGACGAUGGGCCCACGAGAUACACAGGUGAUCUUCUUGAUCUACUCGACAAGUACGAAGCUCCUGCAACAUUCUUCAUUACAGGCAUCAACAAUGGGAAAGGCGCUAUUGACGACCCGAGCCUGCCUUGGGCUUCAUUAAUCGAACGAAUGUUGCUAAGUGGCCACCAGAUUGCAAGCCACACAUGGUCUCAUGAAGAUCUCAGCAAGGUGUCACCCUCGCAGCGCAUCGACCAGAUGCUGAAGAAUGAAGUUGCCCUGCGGAACAUCAUGGGCAGUUUCCCGACCUACAUGCGCCCACCAUACUCCAGCUGCGAGCCAGGGUCUGGAUGCAGAGAAGAUCUCGGUCGUAUGGGAUACCACAUCACUUUAUACGAUGUUGACACGGAUGACUACAAGAACGAUAGUCCGAACUUGAUUCAGCGAUCCAAGGAUAUCUUCGAUCAAGCUUUGUCUUCCGCUAAUCCGAUCUCUCAUUCCUGGUUGAUCAUUGCACAUGAUGCCCAUGAACAGACGGUGCAUAACCUCACAGAACACAUGCUUCAGACAAUGGCUCGCCUUGGAUACAGACCAGUUACUGUUGGGGAAUGUCUCAGGGAUCCGCGCGAAAACUGGUAUCGCAAAGAUACUAGCUGGCAUGGACACAAAAAGAAGGGACCGAAGCAAUCGUUUCCACCCCAAGUUUCUAUCGAUGGCACAUGCGGUAAAAACUUUACCUGUCUCGGAUCCAGCUUUGGCUUGUGUUGUGGUAGCUUGAAUGUUUGCGGGAAUACAUCUAAUCAUUGUGGGUCAGGUUGUCAGAAGAAUUACGGAUACUGCGCAGUAGGAGCGCCUCUAAACGGUGAUGCGUGGGAUCCAAACCUUACAAGCAAGAGUGGGAGGUCUGAGGCUGACUCUGACUUCGCUGCUGCCGGCACCGCAGCGGUAACUUCUUUGCUUCUAGCGUUGGCCGUGGCCCUUUUGAUGUGA